GGAUGUAAUGAAUGUGGCUUGAAUUUACACGCGUUAAAACAUAUUUGAGCGUCUAGCUGUGAGUUAAAGAUACAACAAAUGUUUUAUUUUUGGGAGCUUGGGAGCAUGUAAAAGACAUGUCAGGUAUUAGGACCGCUCGUCCGUACGUCAGCUGACGGCCCAGCCAAUUAUAUGUCGCCGCCGCACUGUUUGGCCCACAGCUUCUUCAGCUUGUUGCGAAAACGGAUGUCUCUGCCGUGAGCAGGCCCGUGUCUGAAAACCCAGACAGACGGUCACAUUUCAGCGGAGAGUCAGCUACACUCGAGCACGUCGGUCCGAACAGCAGCAGCAGCAGAGCAAGAUGGAGUGUGAGUGGAAGCCAGACGAGCAAGGACUCCAGCAGAUUUUACAGCUUCUGAAAGAGUCUCAGUCUCCAGAUACGUCCACACAGAGAUCCGUCCAGCAAAGACUCGAGCAACUCAACCAGUUUCCAGACUUCAACAACUAUUUAAUAUUUGUUUUGACAAAGUUAAAAUCAGAAGAUGAGCCAACGCGGUCCCUGAGUGGGCUGAUACUGAAGAACAAUGUGAAGGCCCACUAUCAGAACUUCCCCAAUGGUGUGUCUGAGUUCAUCAAGAGCGAGUGUCUCCAGAACAUUGGAGACUCUUCUCCCCUUAUCCGGGCCACUGUGGGCAUCCUCAUCACCACGAUUGCCUCCAAAGGAGAAUUACAAAACUGGCCAGAGCUCCUGCCUAAGCUCUGCCUGCUGCUGGAUUCUGAGGACUACAACACGUGUGAGGGAUCGUUUGGAGCCCUGCAGAAGAUCUGUGAAGACUCUGCUGAGAUCCUGGACAGUGACAUGCUGGACCGUCCCCUCAACGUCAUGAUCCCCAAGUUCUUACAGUUUUUUAAGCACAACAGUCCUAAGAUUCGGUCUCAUGCUAUCGCCUGCGUCAAUCAGUUCAUCAUCAGCAGGACUCAGGCCCUGAUGCUGCACAUCGACGCUUUCAUCGAGAACCUGUUUGCUCUGGCAACAGAUGAGGAACCAGAAGUGAGGAAGAACGUGUGCAGAGCUCUGGUCAUGCUGCUGGAGGUUCGUCUGGACCGGCUCCUGCCACACAUGCAUAACAUCAUCGAGUACAUGCUACUGAGGACUCAGGACCAAGAUGAAAACGUUGCCUUGGAAGCCUGUGAGUUCUGGCUAACUCUGGCCGAGCAGCCGGUGUGUAAGGAAGUGCUGUGUGGACACCUCUCCCAACUCACUCCGGUGCUUGUCAACGGGAUGAAGUACUCUGAGAUUGACAUUAUUCUGCUCAAGGGCGACAUUGAAGAAGACGAGGCAAUUCCUGACAACGAGCAAGACAUCCGUCCACGCUUCCAUCGGUCACGCACAGUCGCCCAACAACAUGAGGCCGAUGGGAUCGAGGAAGACGAAGAUGAUGAUGACGAACUGGAUGAUGAUGAUACUAUUUCUGACUGGAACUUGCGCAAGUGUUCGGCGGCGGCACUGGAUGUGCUGGCCAACGUCUUCAGGGACGAUCUGUUGCUGCACCUUCUGCCCCUCCUCAAAGAGCUGCUCUUCCAUCCAGAGUGGGUGGUUAAAGAGUCCGGCAUUCUCGUGCUGGGAGCUAUAGCUGAAGGUUGUAUGCAGGGCAUGAUCCCGUACCUGCCCGAGCUCAUUCCCCACCUCGUCCUGUGUUUAUCUGAUAAGAAGGCCCUGGUGCGUUCAAUCACCUGCUGGACACUGAGCCGCUACGCCCACUGGGUGGUCAGCCAGCCUCCAGACGUUUACCUGAAGCCCCUAAUGACGGAGUUGCUCAAACGUAUUCUGGACAGCAACAAGCGUGUGCAGGAGGCUGCUUGCAGUGCCUUUGCCACUUUGGAGGAGGAGGCGUGUACAGAGCUGGUGCCCUAUCUGGCAUUCAUCCUCGACACGCUGGUGUUUGCUUUCAGCAAGUACCAGCACAAGAACCUGCUUAUUCUUUAUGAUGCCAUUGGAACGCUGGCAGACUCAGUGGGACACCAUCUGAAUAAACCGGAGUACAUCCAGAUGUUGAUGCCUCCACUGAUCCAGAAAUGGAACCAGCUUAAAGAUGAAGACAAAGACCUUUUCCCUCUGUUAGAAUGUUUGUCGUCAGUAGCCACUGCCCUGCAGAGCGGCUUCCUGCCCUACUGUGAGCCUGUGUAUCAACGCUGUGUCAACCUGGUCCAGAAAACACUCGCUCAAGCCAUGCUUUAUCAGUCACAGCCUGACCAGUAUGAAGCCCCCGACAAAGACUUCAUGAUCGUGGCUUUGGAUCUUCUCAGUGGACUCGCUGAGGGUUUGGGAGGAACCAUUGAGCAGCUGGUUGCUCGUAGCAACAUCCUCACACUCAUGUAUCAGUGCAUGCAGGACAAAAUGCCAGAAGUGCGCCAGAGUUCGUUUGCUCUGCUGGGAGAUCUGACCAAGGCUUGUUUCCAGCACGUCAAACCAUGCAUCGCUGAUUUUAUGCCCAUACUGGGUACUAAUUUGAACCCAGAGUUAAUAUCAGUGUGCAACAAUGCGACAUGGGCAAUUGGAGAGAUAGCUGUACAAAUGGGGCCCGAAAUGCAGCCGUACAUUGCCAUGGUGCUGCACCAGCUGGUAGAGAUCAUUAACAGACCCAAUACUCCAAAGACUCUGCUGGAAAACACAGCAAUAACAAUUGGUCGUCUUGGUUACGUUUGUCCUCAAGAGGUGGCACCCAUGCUACAGCAGUUUAUAAGACCCUGGUGCUCCUCACUACGAAAUAUAAGAGACAAUGAGGAGAAAGACUCUGCGUUCAGAGGAAUUUGCACUAUGAUCAGUGUAAAUCCAGGAGGUGUAGUGCAGGACUUUAUAUUCUUCUGUGACGCAGUGGCCUCCUGGGUAAAUCCAAAGGAGGAUCUCAGAGACAUGUUCUAUAAGAUCCUUCACGGGUUUAAGAACCAGGUGGGCGAGGACAACUGGAGACGAUUCUCAGACCAGUUCCCGAUGCCACUGAAGGAGCGGCUGGCAACCUUUUACGGGGUCUAACUGUUUCCCUGGCAGUGUGCCUCAUCACUGGGGUCAGUUUUCCUCUCUGAUGUCACUCACCACAGAAUCAAUGGAUCAAAAGUCCUGAUUUUGGUACUUAAUGUCGUGUGUCUCUGUCUCUGCACAGGUUAUUCACUUUGGGAGACAAAAUGGGGAACCUCUUUUACCCAGGGAACAUGUUACCCUUUACUGGGGGGAAGGGUCUGCCUGCUGAGGGGAGGGAAGGGGUUCGGGCCCCUCCCCGACCUGGUGGACGGGGUGGGAGGGAGGUGGUAGCUGCAGUGCUCAGAGCCCCAAUGCACAGGCAAAUGGGGGAAAGGGACAGGCAGAACAACUUAAUCGUGGGAGGAAAAUUCAUGUAAUCACAUCUUACUCAGAAAUAAUGACAUUUCUGUUUCUUCUUCUUUUUUUUUUCUCUAUAUUUCUUCCCCAAACUCUUCACUUUCUGUCAGUUGAACUACUGAAAAAGAAAUGCAAGCUAAUGCGGAGAAAAAGCUCUGCAAAACUCCGUGAAGCGUUUGCUCUUUCAUUUUGUCUAGAUGACGAGUUUUUCUUAAAUUGAGAGGUUUGUGCAGAAAAGAGCAGUUACACAUUCAUGACCAUGUCAGGCUGGUAAAUGGCAUGUUUAAUGAAAUAGCAUUUUUACCACUGGAACAAAAGAGUGUUCACCUUAAAAACUUGCUAAGUUGGAAGUUCGUGAGACGAGACGUUUUCUUUAUAAAGACAACGGUAGCUUAAAGGUUAAGGAUCAGCAGCUAAAAUAAUGAAUAUCACAAAGAACAAGAUCAUUUCAGUGUUCCUAUUCUUUAGCAGGGCAAAAGCUGUUAUUUCUGUCACUGGAGAGCACAAGAUUUUCUUUUACGGGCAGCUUUUCUGAGAAUAGGUAGCAUGCUUGUAUCAUUGUGAAAAGCUGUUGGAUAUUAGUGAUGUGUGUUGCGUUCGACAGCUGUCAUUCCCCUGUAGUAAGGCUCUUCUUUGACCUCAUAUGUUUGAUCUAUUCGCAGUACUUUUUGUUUCCUCUACCAGAUAAUUACAGCAAUCAGCUGUAGUGUAGCAUGACGGCUUUUUUUUUGGCACCAAAAUGAGAGGUGUUCAAAUAAAAAAAUAAAAAGAGUCUUGGCUGUGAUGUAACGGUGCAGUGAAUGCCGCAGUAUUGGUCUCGUGGUGUGGAUGUGACACGGACAUUCAUAUCAAAGCUUUAGACGCUCACAAUCCUUUGUACUGUCGGAGCAUUGUGGACGAGAGAUGAGGAAGCAGAAGCACACAGUUGAUGUUGUCCUGUGAGUCGCUCAUUAUCUUCUGUUCCUUUGGAUUUAAAAAAAACCACAACAACACUAAACCCGUCAAAGUGAUGUUCAGUGACUUUUGGCUAUUAGAACCUCGCAGCUCAUCGAAUCAGUGUUGGAUAUGUUUAUUUCUCAGUGUACUGAAGUUUUCUGAUUAGUUGUUUGGCUUCUUGUGCUCAAAGCAUGAUCUUGAGGAUGACUGUGUAAUGUUUUGGGUGGUUGUGCUUCGUGGGGUACUUGGAUGCUUUCGUCUCUUGCAUGUUGGUGGCCCCUCACACCCCAACAUAUAGUGGGAGGUGGGGAUAAUGGGAGGGAGGGGAAGCUUCAAAUUAAGGUUUAAAAAGUACAUAAACAGUAAGCAUUGUAGGUAUUAUAACUCUGGGACAGUCCUAAUGUCACAUAAACCCUGCUGGAGUGUUCUCCCUUAACUUUUACCCCAUAGCUGGAUGUAAAGUUUUUAAAAACUGUGAAACUACAAUGUCGAUUGUCUUUUGUUGUUUUUGCGCUGUUAUAUUUAAUUAAAUGUGUAAGUGUUUAAGUUACAGACAUAGGCUGAAUGUAUUCCAUGAUGGGUUGGAGAGUGAGGAUUUUUGUCUUUUUUUUAAAUUUAAUUUAAUUUAAUUUAAUUUUUUUUUUAAUGCCCAGCCAGUCAUUUUUCCUCUGCUGGCCAGAGUAAUAACUGCAGUAUUUUAACAUGACAUGCACUUAAAAAUUAAAUCUCAUGCGCUUGAAAUAAAUAAUUGUAGCCAAAUCCUUGAUAAUAUUACGACGUAUUAGGGCCAAACUGAAGAGAGAGAAAAUAAUAGUUUUUAUAAAUUAUAUAAUUAACAAUUAAUUAUAUAAUUUUACAAGAAUAAAGUUGUAAUAUUAUGAGAAUAAAGUGAUAAUUUUACUAGAAUGAAGUUGUUAUAUUAUGAGAUUCUUUUUUUAUCAUUAUCUAAUUAAAUGUAUUAUUAUUACAUAGCAACAGAACGCACAAAAGAUAAUUAACUCCAAGUCUGUGUGAUUCUUUCUUCCCAACAGACUCAGUGUCUUGCACAAUCUUUCCAAAGUCCUGAUGCUAAAGAUUAUGUGGUGCUAAUGUGCCAAAAAAUAUUAAGUAUUUCUUUAUUUGUGAAGCCCCAAUCAAAAUGUAACUUCAGGAAAUGCUCCACGUUUCUCAUCUUGACGCAGGUUGCAGCUGAUGAUCUGAGAUUUUGCUUGAAUAAUAAUUAGGACUUUAUUCUCAAAAGAUUAAAAAAAUGCCUUCAGUUUGGCCCGAAAACUCCAUCGUAUCAUAUGACCCUGGUGUGAACACAGAUCAUUAAUAAAAUGAUGCUGCUAAAAUGUAUUUACUUAAUGCAAUAAUUAAUGAGUAGUAAGUAUAUAAUCUAUCUUGAUGCAAUUGGGUUAUUAGACUUUAAGAGUAGUUUAGUUUUCUCUGAUAAACAAUGUGAAAUGUGAAGCAAAUGGCGGUGAAACACAGGAUAUAAAUGCAUCAUGGAAUACAGAGGCAAAUACGUACAUGUGCCACGUCAUUUUGUGUUUUGAAGUGAUCGUUGUCCGUCACAUUCCAGCUGUUUGGCAUGCAAAAACAAAUAGGCUAAUCACAGCUUGAUUUGGAGGGGGGGGGGGUGUGCGUUAGUGUGCAUUUGUGUGUGUCCGCUGUCCUGCCGGUCGUUCAUUGAGAGAAUGUCGGUCUAUGAAACACAUGAAACGAACCCCAGCCCCGCUGUGCUGUUUUUCUGACUCGACUGCUGCUAUACAUUGUAGUUGUGUUUCACUACUUGAAAAUGUGUUUUUUCCUAUGUGUUAACCUCAGGUCGUCUGUAAUUCAGUGUUAAUUGUUUUCAUCGUUCUGCCCCUCAAUGUGUACACCUUUAUUCACAUCCUCAACAGCUAAAGAUAAGUGAAUCUUCUGCCCUUCUUAUUAAAAAUGGGUAACCAUGGGUGUGGAUUGACGUUAGUGUUAAAUGUGUGCAGCGCCGCUAGAUGUCAAAUGUUAAGGAUAACUGCAACGCAGGAGGGAAGAGUCAUUAGGAAACUUGCACAUACUUUAAUGUAUCUUUUGUCGAAAGUGAUUGUUAUCAGACUACGGUAAUAUUCAGUGUAAUAUGUACACAAUGCCUUCAGAGCAAAUGCUUUGAGGUUUUGUUGGUGUUUUGCAAUAGAUACACAGUACACUGUAUCUAAAGAAGCAGGUAAUGCCUCAUUUAAAAGCAAAGAAACAGGUUGUCAACUUAAGGACAUCAUGUUAUAAACAUGAUGUUUGCAGAUGUGUGUUUGACUUUCUAUGAAGCUUUACUGAAAAUUUGUAUUUUAUAAAGCAUCCACCAAUAUUGAGGAAUGUCUAGUCAAAGAACUCCUGUAUUCUCAUUUUAGCCUUCAAACUUGAUUAGACUAUCUGCCUUCAUCUUUUUUGCUGAUAAAAGCAAAAACAUCAUUUUGAUAGAUAUGGUUUUAGUUUUUUUAAUAAGCUGCUGAAUUUUAAAAUUAAUACUUAUUGGGGCCACCAAAUAUUUUGGAUCAUGCAAAGAAUCUAUAUUGUACUGUAGUAAUUUUGUAAUAUUUGUAAGAUGAUAUAGUGAGCGUGACUGGUUACCAUUGCUUGAGUCUGUACAUUGUUCCAAUAAAUUGUUUACAUUA